AUGAAGCUCAAGCUCAGUUGCGCGCGCCUCGUUUGCCUGUUGGCGGCAGCCUCCGUCGGCCUGACCAGCGUGGCCAGCGCCGCUCAGAUCCCAUUCUCUGCGUCUCGCGAGGGCGGCGGCAUCGGCGCGACGACGCUCCAGCAUCCGCAUCUGCCUGCACACAGGCUUCGCGUCGUCACGCCGCCGGGCUCCCUCUGCGACGACAGCGUGCGCUCCUACUCGGGCUACCUCGACGUCGACGUCGACAAGCUGCACCAGCACCAGCAGCAGUCGUCGCUGCCGCUCAGCAGCUACGGCAACGACGCCUCGCUCAAUGCCACAAGGACGGCUCGCCACCCACGCGGCACCACCGAGCACUUCUACUUCUGGGCGUUCGAGUCGCGCAACGAUCCCAAAAACGACCCCGUCGUCCUCUGGCUCAAUGGCGGACCCGGGUGCUCGUCGCUCUUUGGCCUGCUCAACGAGCUGGGACCGUGCAAGGUCGGCGAUCCGAAAAACAACGGCGGCAAGCCCUUCGCCGAGCCCAACCCGUACUCGUGGAACAGCAACGCCACCGUCAUCUUCCUCGACCAGCCCAUGGGCGUGGGAUACUCGUACGUCUCGUGGACCGACAAGACCAGAAAGGACGACCCGCCAUCGCGCGUCCUGUCGACGCCCGCCGCCGCUCGCGACGUCAGCGCCUUUCUCCACCUCCUCGCCAUGCACACCGACGAGGGCCCCUUUGGCGGCAGCGCCUCAGCCUCGUUCCACAUCGCCGGAGAGUCGUACGGCGGGCGCUACCUGCCCCUGAUCGCCAACCAGAUCCUCGAGGACAACAAGGAGGCUGCGGCCCACCCGGAGCGUGGACUGCGACCCCUGCCCCUCGCCUCGGUCCUCAUCGGCAAUGGCUUCACGUCGCCGCAGGACCAGUACCCGGCCUACGUCGAGUAUACCUGCACCAACGCGUCGGGCAAGGCAGACGGGCCCCUCCUCGCCAAGCACAAGUGCGACAAGAUGUACAGCUCCAUCCCCACCUGCCUCGCGCUGGUCGACAAGUGCAACCGCAGCGACGACGUCGGUGGUCCCGAGGGGCCCUACGACAACCUCGCCUGCCAGACUGCCACCACCUACUGCGAGGGCGCCCUGGCCGGACCCUACGACGACCUCGACGUGUCGCCCUACAACUGGCAGCACGCCGCAGAGUACAAGGAGGACGCCUGGGUCGCCGCCUUCUACAAUGCCAAGGAGACGCAGAGGGCCUUGGGCGUCGAUCGAAAGGGACCCGGUGACAACCACGACGGCAUCUUCGUCGGCUGCUCCGACAGGGUCUUUGAAGACUUUGCAAAGACCGGCGACGGUUCGCGCGACUCGACCUGGGCCGUGGCAAGGAUCCUCGACCAGGGCGUAAAGGUGCUCGCCUACAGCGGCAAGCUCGACUUCAUCUGCAACUAUGUCGGCAACCGCAACUGGGCAGACAAGCUGCAGUGGCACGGCGAGCAAGCAUUCCAAAAGGCCGCCAUGGAGCCGUGGUACGUCGGUGGCCAGGACAAGGAGAGCACCCGCGCCGGCGACUUCAAGCAAGCGCACGGCUUCACCUAUGCCACCGUCGAGGCCGCAGGCCACUUUGUGCCUCACGACCAACCACGCAGCGCGCUGGCCAUGUUCAAUCGAUGGCUCGACCCCAAGUCGGGUGGCCGACUGUAG